CAACAAUUCAACGCUCCGCUCCGCUCGGCCAAGUUGCAUCUCCUGCGCGUCCCGUCCUCAUGCAUCGUCAUCGCCAGCCAUCUCCCAUCAAACACUCACUGCUCGCCCGCCGCCUGCCACGCUCGUCCGCCGCCGUCGCGAGCCGCCGACCUCACAUCCUGUCAACUCGGUCCGCGCCAUGUGAAAAACACCGCGGCGAAUGCCUGUCCUACGAGCCACGCCCGAGAACAAGAGACGGGUCCGCACCGGGUGUCUCAGCUGCCGCAGACGACGCCGAAAGUGCGAUGAAAAGAAGCCCCAGUGCACGAGCUGCGAGGCCCGCGGCUUCGCCUGCAAGUAUCCCGACCUGACCUUUGUCCAGGCCUCGCGCAGCGCCCCUCCGCCCGAGCAUGGGCUCAGGCGGCCGUCCACGUCUUAUUCUACCAUUACUUUUGUGAACCACGGCCCGCCUACGCCCCCCUCCAAGGCGAGCGACAAGGACGACACGCCGCAGGAAGCGCCCCUCACUGCCAACAACAGCAAUGCGCGAGCAACGCGAGAGGAGAGUUCCGUUUCCCAGAGCCCUAGGGCCACCUCCAAGCCAACUGCGCCCGCGGCGGCUACAGACAGGCGCCCGCCCCGAAGAAAAGACUGUCCCCUUUCUACCUGGGACAGCUACUUCACGACCAAGGAUGUGUCGCCGCGCAGAAAGGAGGCGGCGGUGCUGCGUCACUUCCGCUAUAAAAUGGUGCCGUGGAUCGAGGCGGGCGACCCCGCCGCCCAGUUUGGCGUCGACAUCAUGCAGCUGUCGCAGGAGAGACCGCCGAUCCACACGGCCAUUGUCGCGAUAUCGACGCUGCAACUGGACCUCAUCGCGGGCCUUGCCGGUCACGACAUGGUGAGCCUGGCGUAUAGACAGAGGCCGAGCGACGACCUCUUUGAGCACGACAAGAGGGCCAAAAGGGUCGGCGAGGCCCUGCUGGCUCUCGAGGGCUUCCUCAGCUCCAGUCCCAGCCGGUGGCGCAACCUGCCGCUGCUGUACAUGAAAGAGGUCAGCAGCAACGUAUCGGCUUCGACGGUGGAGGAGCCAUUGCAGACCCUUUGUCGCCUGCACGCAAGAAUAGACCUUGCCUCUUCUAUACUCACCGGGCAGCCACCCGUCACAUCAAUAACCUUUCAUACCCCGGGCAGCAGAACACCAUCAACGGCAGACACGUCGCCGACGGGCAUAUACAACUGGUCUCUACAGCACCUUACCUCCUGCCUACACCUCAUCCACAACAGCGCUCAGCUGCCGUCCAUACCCUCUCCUCAGAGCCCACCGGCAGCCUCCUUGUCCGCACAUGCCGGCUUUAGCGCGCGGUGGUUUUCGCUCUGGACGAGCUGUCAGACGUGGUUUGCUAACAGACCGCUCACGAUGCGGCCCAUUCUCGACAUCCGCAGCGUCGAGGCCGGCCAGAUCGAGCCCAACGAUGGCUCCUCGUUUCCUAUCCAAGUGUACACCAACGCGCUGGCCAUACACGCCAACGUGGCAUACCACAUCACAUCACUGCUGUUGUUGGCUCACAAGCCCCGCCUGCUCAAGCUGCCAGGGGACUCGCACCGACAACGGCCGGCGGCGGCAUCUUCGUCGUCGCAGGGCUGGCACGCCCAAACGAUUGCGGGGAUCGCGGCGCGCAACGAAUUCGCGGAGCAGUGGGACCCCGUGACGGUCGGCGCGCUGCUCUACGUGGCCAGGGAGAUGACGCACCCGGCGCAACAGGCGGCGCUGGAGGCGUGUUUUGCGAGGGCCACCGCAGCCACGGGCAUCGGCCUGGAGAAGGAGCUGCGCGAGCUACGCGAGGGGUGGAAAGUCGCGCGCUCUUACGAGAGAGAUGCAUGAGGCGACACUGUUUGCGCAUGAAGAUUAAACAUGAAGAAUAAAAGGCCCUGCGGUCCAAGAC